UAUCCAGAACAACCUGCAUUAACGGCGUUGAGGGUUUCGGGGGCGUUGAGGCGGAUAAAAUUGGGACAGAACUGUGGCAAAAUCAGGCUAACAAGUAUCUACAAUGUCAUUCAUUAUGCUACAACCUUCAACUGUGCUGUUUUGAAAUACUGUUUGGUCUUUCUUGAAGUAUGUAAGUAUGCGACGACAAUCCAUACCCACAAUGGCACAUGCAGCUAUCCCGGUUAUUGCCUAGCCUACAAACCAACGACAACGUCAUCUAGAACGAAGAUUUGUGCAGUUGUUGAAGAUAUCUGUAGCUUUCGCAUUCAAAACUCAUGGAAGGUGCCUACUUAUCUCGUGCCCGUCAUGACAACAACAGAUCCACAUGAAGCAAAAGAGCACUGGCUAUCCCGCUACGCAACCAAUUACCAUAAAUGGACUCUGACACGCUCUCCCCAGGGCCAGGCGAGCUUCUUCUCUCGGCCGCUAGGGCUCGUUGAGCUCUCAUUCGAUUUCGACGGGACGCAAUUCGGAGGACGCGCAGACAUGAACAUCUCGCUCUCACUCGAGAUUGCCACAUCCUUGCCAUCCAGGGCCGCAUUGCGAGAGCGUAUAGCGCUUGCCUGGACGUGUUUAAGAGCUAGACAUGUGUUGUUGAUGUCGCGGGUCAGAGACGGGGAGAAUGGGAGACGCGAGUUUGUGGUUGACGUGCCUGAGACGAACGCUGGCGUAGAAGGUGUGGUGGAAAAAGUAGGAGAGGAAAUUGUGUGGGUGGACGAAUGGUACGGAGCGGGCGAGGUAGACGAGGAAGAAUUCUAUAAGCACUGCUUGAAUGUAGGAAGAGUAGUUGAUGUUUCGAGAAACUGUUCAAAGUUGCAUGUCCUGCCGGCACGUCGGGUUCGCCGUUCAGCAAACGAAGAAGGUGGUGGUGGUGGGUUGGAGAGAUUCGAGAUCAGCUUGGUGAUUGUGGUGGCGCAUCAGACUUCAGAUGCGCUUGCUGCGUAUACCUGGUGGAGCGAUUUCAUGCGUCUGCUGAACACCCCCGAGACCGAGCUCAAAGCUUCCCUGGAGACCCUCCUCACCGUCGAUGGUAUUGAAUCAAGGCUCCCGCCAGCGCAGGAAGAUCUAUACCCGAUACCAGUCGCUUCAUCGGGCAAAGGCCCUCCUUCUCGAGCGCGACUUCGCUGGUACUGGGCCGUCAUCAUCGUGCUCCGCUCCCUCCGGCGUCCGCUUCCAAAGACGUUCUCGAAUCCGCUGCUUCGUCGUGAACGACUCACAACGCCCAUGUCCCUGCCAAAGCGGUACCCGCAAGUUUUCGAUUACUCCCCGACGUCUGCGCCGCCAAUGAACUCUGGUCACAUCUCCGCACGUCUCUCCCAUGCCGCAUCCGCGCGCAUGAUCCAGCUGUGUCGCAGUAUCGGGGUGAGCAUAGGCGCAGGCUGCUUCGCAUUAGCAGGACUCGCGAUGAUGGAGAUGCAGCACGAGAAGCAGCUCGCCGCGGCCGACGGCGCCCAACAACCCCAACAAGUCGACGAUUCUUCCACCCUACCCUUCACGGCCUCGUUCCCGCUAAACCCACGUCCCUUCUACGGGCUCGCGACCCCCGUCGUGCCCGACUCGUGCAUGCUCGCCUUCUCAGAAGGCAUCGUGAUGCCGUACCUCCCCUCCUCCUCCUCCUCCGCCCUCCCCAUCGAAACGCGUUUCAAAGCCGUCGCGAAGUGCGCAAACGCAGAGCUGAAGACAUACCAGAAGCGCCGCCCCGCGGGUCACAGUCAGGGCAGCGGUACCGCGGGAACGAUACUCGACCCGCACGAUCCAACUCGUCUCCUCGCGACGGGAUAUAUCGGGCGUCUGGAACGCAUGGCUUUGCUUUUCCCGGCUUCGUCCCCGCAGGGCAGCGUUUUUCCCACGCCGCCGUCUGCACCUGCACUCCCGCAAUCUAGCGUGAAUGGCGAGGAAGCCCCGCCGCCUGCACGAGCGACGUGCGGUGUGAGUUCUAUAGGUUCGACAUCCCAAUGGCUUCGUCGUGGGGAUUACUCGCUCGAGCACCCAUUGAGGGGCGUCAACUUCGCGGCGGAUUUUCGGAAUAUUAAACAGGGUGUUCGUGCUAGGGAGGGGGAGUUUCUGAUUGGCUGUACGACAAAUGAUCAGGGAAGGGUUGAGUUUGGGGUUAGUUAUGAUUGGAGUGGGAUUGGGGAGGAGAUGGCGGAGAGGUGGAGGGAUGUUGUUGAGGGGUUGUUGGAGGACGGGAGGAAGGCUGGUAGGUCGGUGCUGUAG